AUGAAGAAGUCGUUGAAGAAUAUCAAAUUGAAAUUAAAGAACAAAAAGAGGAAGGGAAACUUCGUCUCCUUCUACGACAGAAUAAAAGAAAUUAAUGAGAAGGAAAAGCUGCAGGCAUGUAGCGUACUCGGAGGUGCGAACUACGACGAUGGUUUCACUUCACAGUGGAUAAGUCACGAAUCCAAGGAUGCCGAAGACCUCAAAAGAACGAACUUUUACGCAGCGCUCCAGGUGUACCCCCAAAACUGCUUCAACAGUGACUUCAAAAAAUGCUGCAGAGAAUUACAACCAUAUGCGAAAAAUCUAAUGCUCAUUUUGCUAAACAAGGACAGAAUUUUUGGUACCAUUUUGAAGUACAUAGAAAAUAGCAAAAUCCAAAAUGACGAAAAUUAUUUCUACAAAUUGUUGGUGAUCCUCAUAAAGGAUUUAAAAGAUGAAAGCAAAAAAUACAUAGAUCAUAUUUUAAAAAUAUUAUACGAUAAAAUUAAUUUCAACAAUCUAGACUUGUUAGAGGAAAUAUUUAAUACCUAUACAAAUAUAUUUCGAAUAAUGAAUAGAAAAAUCAUAAGUAACGUGGAUAAGUAUAUAAAAAUAUCCCUACCACUGUUACAACAUCGAAAUAGUAUCAUAAAAAUUUUCAUUGCGGAUAGUUUUUCUUAUCUGUUGAGGAAAUUAUUGCUACACGAUUUAAUGCAGUGUUUUCAAAAGUUAUUUUCUUUUUGCGAUUUUUUGAAAAGGAACAAAGUGAAAGAUUAUUGUGACACGCUGAGCCUCCUCAUGUUAGAAGCUCUAAAAGUGGACAAAGACAAACUGUCCAGAAAAACAUUACCCUUUUUGAAGUUUAUAAUUUAUUCACUAUUCCUAAAGGAGACAUAUUAUUGUGAAGAGACGGAGAGUCAUUAUGAACCAAUUGAGGACACACAGUGUAUGCACUUCCUAAAAAAGGCAGUAGCAAACUUCCUCAUUGAUAUUUAUAAUUUUACGAAAAAUGGGACAUUUGAAUUUGUGGAAAUAUUUCUAACCUUCAUUUUGAGAAAUUACUCUAUCCUGUUUAGAAGAUACUACACCGAUGUGUUAGUUCAGUCUGACCAAAAUACAGAUGCGUUGCAUUUGCUGAUCAGUCAAAGGGGCCCAAACGGGGUCUCCUCAAUUUUUCCCUCUUUAGCCAACGCGGAGGGGCACAGUAGCGAGGUAGUAGCCACUGCGCAUGAUUUGCAAGAUGAGGAUGACGGCGGAGCGGAGCCUUCUCCACCUAGCCAUGCUCCAGAUGGAGCACCAGAGAGGAGCUCCGAACUUGGGAACAGCAGCAGAAGCAGCAACAACAGCAACGACAGCAACGACAACGACCAGUUUAGGGACGAUCACCCACACGUACGUAACAACAACCAGGCACAAUCCUCCGAAACGCAAAGGAAGGCCUUUUUUGCGAAAGAAAUUUUCCACAGCUGUACGAACUUUUUUCUGAAAAAAAUAUUAAGCAUAUGGAUAGAAAAAAACAGCGAACAGAAAUGUAUAAUUGUGGAAACCGCUCUUCGCGAACUGAGUAAAUACGCGCAAGAUGUGAAUCGUUUGAAGUUAAUUUAUGUCUCCUUUUUUUACAUAUGGAAUAUCUACGACCACAUGUUCUUUUUACUAAAUCGGGACGUGGUUUCGAAUGAAGGCAUAAAAAAUAUGUUCACCUCCCUCGUCAAGGUGUUUAUGAGCAUCGUGACUGCAGAGCAGUGGAAUAACUUAAGUGACCACCACCCUCUUCGAGACUCCCUCUUUCGCUCUUUCAUUCUCAACGUGAACGAACUGUUAAGUAGAAAAAAUCACAGCGGCGAAGAUUCACACCUGAACGAUGUUUUGAAGUGCAUAUUUGUCAACAUAGCGAGAGAUGUGCAAAAGGCUGACAUAUUUAUGCGUGUAAAGGAGUGCCACAUGGUGGAUGGACUGAAGGAGGGAGCUGGCCCAAACCACUUGUCCGAAAAGGAAAGCAUGUCUAACAAAACGGACCCUUACAACAUCUCUGACGAGGGUACUAAUUUACACUUGGGAAAAAUAUUCCUCCUGUUUGACAUUUUGAAGAGCUCAACAGGAAGGGAGAGUAGCGCCGCGGAGGAGGAGGAUGAUGGAGAGUGUAAAAACCUUCACAAGAAGAAACUACAAAAUGGAGACUUAUGCGCAGAUGAGCAGACGGACUACUGCAGACCCAGUAGAGAGUGGAAUGCCUUCCACCAUGGGACUGACAAAAAGCAUAAGAACAACAUCAGCAAGGAGGAUUCCCCAACACAAAUGCAAACAGAGCUUCAUAAUUUAUUUUCCAUCACCUUUGAAAAAGUAACAAACAUACUUUCAAUUUUGAGGCGAAUUAAUGAGUGUACCAAUGUGAACAGUUCCACACACGUGAAAAACGGGGAAGAGGUUCUAAAUGAACCUCAGAAAAAUCUCCAAACAGUGAUACAGUUUUUAUUUGCAUACGUCAGCCUACUAACAGAGAUAAGCAGAACCGACGGGGCCAUACUACUUCUAUGCACAAAACGCAGUGGUAACAAAAAGGAGGAGGACAAUUUUUUUACUAUAUUUGGAGAAAUAUGCGAUAGGGUGGAAAAACUAAAAAGUAGGCAUUCCAUAGGAAGGAAAAUUCACAAGGAGAACACCUCCCCCGAUAUGAAUUUUUACUUGAACAGCAUCAUACUUGAUGGAAAUAUUAUGAUGACAACGUUGGCGAAGGGAAUGUAUAAAGACAGCGAAGUAAUCGAAAACGUCCUUCCAAACAACAACAAGUUCUUACUCAACUGUUUAAGCAAGUGGGAGAAGAACGAGGUGUAUGGUGUGGACUACUUGAAAAAAAUAAAAAACAUACUUUCCAACCUGAACGAAAUGAAUUUUUUUGCACACAAAACGGAUGACUUGUUUGCAUAUUUAAAGGCCCUUAAAAAGCUGUUUCUCUGCUACGACAAGGGGAAUAGGAAGGAGUUCCUGCAAAUUAUCCAAUUCGUAGUAGGCAUAUGUAUAGCACUCAAAAGGGACAAAGGAAGUUAUUAUACUACAAAUGAGAACAACAUUACAUCGGGGGAGAGUAGUAACUCUGCUUGCUACGCCAAACUGUUGCCCCUUUUUGAUUGUCUCAUUUAUUUAGAAAAUCAAGAAUACUUAGCUACGUACGAAAAGGUUUAUGAAUCCAAAAUUAUUGACGUAGUAAAUUAUUUGACCUUUUUUAAAAACCGCAACAUUUUUAGCGAUUACUUGCUGAAGGUGACCACAAAAAUUUGUAUUGUCGAAUUGGUUUAUCUGUUAAGUGCUAGCAUGGUGAGUAUCCCCAAGGCAAUCACUGUUCACGUCAAAAAUUUUCUGCGUUCGUACAGCGUAGACAAACAAAUGGACGACGAAAAGGGUUAUCGGCACCAGCUGGAAUACUAUUUUUUUGUACUAAACGGGGUAUUCAAAAUGGGUAAGGAAAAGCUGCUCGCUGUGGAGGAGGAGGUGGGCAGAAAAACUGCUCCAGGUGGAGAUUCCGCGAGUGAAAGCUGUGAGAAAGAGAACACUGCGGAUGACAAUGCGGAUGGUAAUGCGGAUGGCAAUGCGAAGCAUUUUGUAGAGGAGGUGGACGGACGAGAGAAUCACAGUGGGAGCGGUGCCCCCCUGAGGAACCUCAUUUGGCGGAACAUAGAAGAGUGCGAAAUUAAUAUGCGACAGUAUGUAAGCAUUCUGAGGAGCAAUGCACCGCCCACAUUGCCAGGAAGCAAAAAUCUGAAUGCUGAAAAUUCCCUCAAAAUUGCAUUCGCCACUAUUCAUAUGGUGAUCGUGCCGCAAGCGAACAGCCUUAACAAAUCGUACAGAACGAAACUGCUAGACAUGUACGUUUGGAUAAUGAGCUAUAUUAAUGGCAAUUUCAGAUGCUUCUUCCAGGAGUUAAAAUAUUACUCGCUGUUGAAUGUGGUCUUUGACAUUGUUGGGAGUUUGAAUGAGUUAUGUCACGCACAUGGGGGCUCUUCCCUGUCUGUCACUUCUACGCAGCCACAAGUUGACCAAAUCACCCAUGCCGUAAAAACCUUCGUCAGCAAAUUUGAGCACAACAUGCACAUUUUGAACAUCCCCAACAUGAUAAAAUUUUUGCAUAUACUGUGCUCGUACAACGAGAAACUAAACAACUACAAAAACGACAUUGAGGAAAUGCUACUGGAGAAGAACAUCAAUAUUACCAAGUUACUGUUGAACAUAAAAGAGGAAGAUAGCAAGGAGAUUAUCCCCAUCUUGAUAAAAAUCAUUUUCUGCAUUUUAAAAAAUAAAAUGAAAAAAGGAAAUAAAAAAUUGAAGAAGAAUAUGAUUUUUUACCUGUCCAACAUUUCUUGCGACAAUUAUUGCCAUAUCCUUAUAUCUGUAGUGUACCCCUUGGUGAAUGUAUACGAGGGUUCAAUUGACUAUGGCAACUUGCUUAGGUACGGAGACAAGGAGAAGGUGUUGAUCAGUUUCCUCACCAAUUGUCAGGGGAGCUUUGCGGCGCACUGGAGAUACCAAUGUGAUACGCGAGCGGUGAGUGCGGUGGCGGGUGAAGCGGCGAGUACAAACAGUGGGGAAGAAAUUUCCCUCUGCUACGACGAUACCUUUAAUCACUCCAGUUGGCACUUCGGAAAUUACAUAAUUGAAAUAAAGAAAGAUGCGCUUUUUAAAAACGUCCACUUCAACAAAAGCUUUAGUCUUUUUAUCGAGAUACUGAAGAUCAUGAAGUAUAAGCUGGACACCUACAUGGAGUUUUUUUUCCAAGUCUUUGUCACCAUAGCGCACUACAUCAAUGUGUACCACCUGAUGAAAAAGAAGGCGAAGGAGAGGAGGAUUUUCCUGGUGGUUAAGAAGAUGGAGAAUCGAGACAAAUGUGGAAGCGGCGAGGAGGGGGAGGCGGCCCACAGAAUUAGUAACCCCGGAGAAAGGGAGUACAAGGACCAGGCGAAAGACCACCACCACGAGUUUGGUCACAAGUUUGAUCAGGAGUGUGACCAUGACCGCAACCACCACUGUGAGAGUGACCCCCCCUGCGAACACCGUGUCGAACUGAGCGCGAAGAGCUCCUAUCUGAAGAACGCCAACAAGAAGUGCAUCGAGCACAUCCAGUUCAUCAUGCUAAACUACGAAAUGACAAAUCGCAAUUUGGAAAAGGCCAAAGAUUUCUUCGCCUUCAUGUUCCGAAAAAAUGUGAAGAACAUAGGCAAAUCAAAUUUGUUCCUGAAAAUUUUGUUUGACAUUUGGAGCAAGAACGAAUCGUAUCACGGGUUCUACCAGAGCAUCAUACCUAACUCUUUAUCCGUUUUAAUAAAAGCUGUAAACAACCAAAUAGUUGUCAGUCGAUUAAGUCACAGUGAAUGGAACGCACUCGCGGAGAAGGUAUUCGAUGUCGUUUUGCGCCUAUGUGGUUAUGACCAUUUGAAUGAGAACGAGCUGAAUUGGCGUAAAGGGGAAGCCUCCCAAAAGGGGCAAGAGCGCAUUCGGGGGAGAAGCAAAAAUAGGGAAGGAGUACUCACCAUAGUGGAAAUGAGAAAACGCUCUGAUGUGUCCACUUUGAAAGGCAUGAAGAUAUUGAAGCCGCUCAUUUCGGACAUUAUCGUAUGCAUUAAGAAAACCAUUUUAAGAAGGUACAAAGAGUUCCUUGUAGAAAAGGAAAAGGGAACUACACUCCGCAAAAAAAGCAAAACGGAUGAGUUAAAAAUUAUUAGCAAUAAAGAACUAUACAUUCUAAUUGAAUUAUCUGCUGUAAACAAAAACCAAACGUACAAUUUGCACGUCAUUAAUAUAAUUAUCACCUUCGUGCUUAUCAAUGCCAAGUCGUUACAUAGUACAAAUUCUGACCACGUGCAGAAGCUGAAACUCAUAUUGGUAGCUUUGAAGAGAUUACUCAUUAAUAUAUCAAGGGGGGAAAGUGAGCACCCAAGGUGGAGGGGAAAAAAGAAAACAAAUUGCAAUUUUUCUUGCUAUCAGGAUGCAGCGAGGAACGCCACGACCAGAUGUGCAAAUCUGUCCCAUAUAGACAAUGUACAAGAAAAAAAACGUGAGAGAAAAAGAAGCCUACACUCAUCUUAUAUGCACUCUUAUCACCAUGCGCACAAAUUGUACGUAUGCUUCAAACUAAAAAACGUGGUAUACGAAAUUGUCCAGAGAUGCUAUGAUGUAAGUUGUAGAGUCCUCGCUGGGGAUCUCCUAGUUAUGAUUGGUUGCAUCUUUUUAAAAAUUAGAAACAUAAACAGAUAUUUAGAAAAGUUUAAAAAAAAUAUGGACACUUUUUUAAAAAAAACAAACGAGCUUAAUUAUAACUCCAAAGUGGUCCUAAAGAAUAUCGUGAAAAUUCCAUUAAAAAAUGACCAGGCCAGGAGGAAGAAUUAUUAUUACACCUUCCUUCAGAUUGCCCAGAUAUUUUGCGGCCUGAACAUUUGCAAUGAGAGGAACUCCUACCACGAAUACGAUGCGGAUGUGCAGUUUUUAAUUUUCCUCGAUUUGUGCAAUAUGAAAAUGUCCACUGUUAUGAGGGGUUAUGCGCUGGAAGGGGAGGGGUACCUAAUAAGAAGCUGCAACAGUAGUGGAGAGGUAAAGAAGGGGAAGAAGAGCGAGGAGAGGAAGACACUCCGGAAAUAUACCUUUGAUCACCUGUUUUCAAAUAGCAACAAGUUGUUCCAUGAAAUCCUCGUGAGGCACUGCUCCUUUUUAAUUUUUAACGAAUCGACCAAUGAAAUGGUUAGAGACAAAUCCGUGCAGUUCGUUUUGUUCUUCCCCCAAUUGUUGAAAUGGCUACUGCAGGAAUAUGAAAGGAACGAUGAAAAUAUUCAUCACCUGAGCAUCGCAAGAGACGUCAAAAUAUGUGUCCAUUUCGUAGUUAAUAUUAUAAUACCCAAAGCGCUCAACGCACUAAAAAAGAACGUCAACGAUUUUACCAAAAUUGCGCUGCAGAUUAUCCUCACAACUAUAAAGCUAGUUAACCCCCACAUGGAUGCACUCAAACGAUUAGAUGUUGAACCAUUUUUAAGGGAGGUUAAAAAUUCGCUGGUAAAAAAUUAUAUACUCAAUGCAGAUACAGAUUCUUUGUUCUGCUUUAGCGCUGUGAAGGCGAAGAAGAAUGAGGAGACGCACCCCUCCGAACAGGAAAAGACGAACUUCAAAAUGUUGGAAAGGUUACUAUUUCACGACUUACAUCACAACGUAGUUGGAACGUUCCAUGAGAGUAAGUCUCAUCAAAAGGGAAGAAAAAAUGAAGAAAAUAAUGAACGUAGAUCCAUAAUCCAAAAUAUAAUAGAUCUUAAAUCAGAAAACAACUCCAAAGGUGUGGAAAAAUUAGUUGUCAUUACCCCCCUAUUAUGCUACUACACGAUUUCUAAGGUUGUAAUUCCACUUGCACUGAAUUACAUUCUCCAAAGGAGUUCAAAAAAAGAAACAUACAACAAAACUCUCAGCGCAAAUAGCAUAAAGCUGCUUGGUACCUGCACGGAGAGGGUAGGCAUCAAAGUUGUUUAUAACCUCCUGGAGCUGCUUCUUUCAGAGCUGAAGAAAAACUCAUUUAAUAAGGUAUACAUCGAAAAGGCAGUAAGUCACAUUGUGAGGACGUACGAUUUUAGGGAGUUCCAGGGCAUUGACGUGGAUCAGAAUUGGGGCCGCCCAGGAGGAGCAGCCUCGGAUGGAUUUCGAAACGAGGACGAGGUAAGCCGCGCCGCGGAGCAAAGUGAAGGGAUCGAACUGGGAGGAGUCAAAGGGGUAGAGACUGCAGUGGAGGAGCAGCAUGUGAAGACCGCACCAGAGGAUGUCGCACCUGUGAAGACCGCACCAGAGGAGGUCGCACCUGUGAAGACCGCACCAGAGGGGGACGCACCAGAGGGGGACGCACCUGUGGAGGCCGAACCGACGGGGCGGAGCAGUCCCAGCCCGCUGUGCCACAAGUUUGUCCGGCGCAUCCUCCCGCAGCUAAAGCUGCUAAUGUUCGACAAAUCUGCGACGAACGAAAAGAAAAAACAAAAGAGCUACAUAAACGACCAAGUCGUUGAUUACAAAAACAAGGAGGCAGUGGCCAAGGCCGACAUCGUCAUAUCAUUUUUAGUAAUUCUAAACAAAAUGAAUUACAAUUUUGAGAAAGAGUUACACAAAAUAAUAUACAAAUUAUGUUUUUGUUUAUCGUCCAAAAAUAACAAUGUAAGAAGUGAAUCGAAGAAGACGAUGUGUUUUAUUUCCAUGUACCUCGGUUUGAACUACUUCGAUUUGAUCAUAAAGCAGAUGUCGGAUUACCUGACCAAGGGAUAUCACGUGCCGAUAUUUUUGUGCACGGUUAACUCCAUCCUGGAAUCUGUACUAAACAAGAAGGACAAAUUUUUAGACAAGAAUUACUUAACCAUCGGCCUCAACGCGUUGAACGAUGGGAAUAUCAAAAGGUCCAAGGGGAAGGACUCCGAGCGGUUCAACGGAAGUAGCGCCACUCAGAACAGCGGCAGAGGCAGGAAGAAGGCCCCUUUCGCGGCUUCACCAGAUUGCACGAACACCCCGCACGACGCCUUCUGCACCAACAUCUUUAACAUGAUCAAGCUAGAAAUAAUAAACGAAAUUGACAAAAAUACGGAUGAUGUUAACAAGAAGCAUAUAAAAAGAAAAACGAAGGAAAGCAAAAAGACCUAUGGAAAGAAUAUCAUUAAGCUGUUAACAAAUAUAGUACCUGAAAAAUGCAUAGAAAAUAAUAUCCUCACAUUUUUAGAAAGCUUAUUUAGUGGGGAAUCUUUCGAAAAUAAUGAAGUGGAUAAAAAUUUUAUUUUUAAAAAAAUACAUUUUUAUCGUGUCGUCUUACUUCAACAAUUUUGUAAAAGGAAUAGAAGAGAACAAACGUCUCUCCCCCGAUUUUGUUCUAAACAUUAUUUACAAACUGUUAACAAAAUCGGUGUAUUUUUUCAGAGGUGAAUGCAUAUAAUACAGGGGUCAUUUCAGGAGAAAAGCAUUUAUGACGCUAUUGGAAAGACGAAGAAAUUUGAUUUCCAGGUCCUCGCACAGGUGUUGGCUAGGGUUGCCCUCAAGUUGUUAGCUUACGUGGUUAAGCGCUCAUCAGAGUUGUUCACGGAGAGAAGGUUAAGAAGUAAUGGAGAUGGUCUCAUAACCGAUGCUAAUGACAACCUUGAUGGUACUCUCCACGGUGAGAGGUACCCUGGCGGAGCGAUCAAAGAAACGUCAACUUGCUACUCCAUGUCCACCACCGUGGAUGAUAGAUCGCCUAGCGAAAAUGAAAACGCUCAGAAGGGGAGAUUCACGUCUAUCGGUAAUGACAAGGGAAGCGCCACAGAGGCAGUCGUCACCACGGUUGGGAACAGAACUGAUAACAAAGGGGUAGUAAACCAUAAUCAUGGGGACUCCUUUUCAAGCUUCCCUGAAUUUAUAGGACUAAUUGAACCACUCCUCGUGUACUUCUUCUGCUACGGAAAGGAAGACGUAUUUGUAUUAGCCUCCAAGUGCAUCAAAAUUAUUAAAAAAAAGAAAUUUAGCGAUUUUAAAAAGUUUGGAAAAUUAAUUAUUCUCUCAUCCGUAGAUAUAUUAAAAAAUAUCCCCAAUUAUUACAGCAAAGAAUUUGACAAGCUCAUUCUGUCAUGCAUUGACACGUUGACAUAUCUCAUACGGGGCAACAACAAAAAUGAUAUUAUCUCUUGGCUGAAUUCGGAUCUAUCUAGUCGCGGAAAACCUAGUGAUAGUGUUGAGGAGCCCUCAAAUGGUGACACCGUUUCGAAGAAAAAGAGAAAAUUGGAAGAAGGCACAAACAGAAGGAAUCCCCAUGACCCGCUUGGGGACACAGCCAAAUUGAAGAAACAGAAAAAGCUGAAUUAUUUGCUAGACGAAAAAGUCUUAUCUAUGUAUUAUCCCACCCUGGAGGGGGGAGAAUAUUUGCAAGACGAACAAGAAGAAUCGACGAACACUCUACGAUACUGCCUACUUAACCAAAUUUCGCUGCUACUAGAAAGUAAAAAUCACGUGUGGGAGUUGCUAAUAUUAUUUAAAAACUGCAUGCUGAGGGAAGACAUAAAUAAUAUUAUCAAGAAGGGGACAAUUAUCCUAAAAAUGAACAGCUGCAUUGAUCAAAUUUUCAACAUCAUGAUAGAAGAGUCUCAUAAUAUGAAAUUAUCAUUUCUGUGUGGACAGAUUUAUGUCGAUUUUUUGAUGCGAUUUCCUAUAUCAAAGAAGGAAAAGAAAAAAAAGUUUUUCCAAAUUUUAAAUAAUUUAAAUGAUGAAAAUGAUGACUCCAGGAUUGCCACUUUGAAUGCCCUGUACGUCUUCCUCAACAGAGCUAACGCCAAGUUAUUAAAGGAGGAAUUUUAUUACGUUAUUUUCGCGAGCAUUAUAGUGCAUUUUACUAAUGAAACAAAUUACAAAUGCAAAAAGAUGUACAUUUUUUUGACCACAUUACUCUUCCAACAAGUGAACGAUUUGACCUAUGUUUGUAAUUCGUAUAAAAUGUUAAAGCAUAACUUACUCUUUUGCGCAAAGGCAUCUUUCACGUAUACCUACUUGUAUUUGCUUCCCCUUUUCUCUUCCAUUUUUUCCGAGCGGAUUGCUUCAUACGGGCAAAUGAUUCAGGGUGAUGAUAAGCUAGCGCAGGAUGAGCGUAGUGCAGUAUCGAAGGAGCAUCAAAAAGGCAGGCGCGACAAAAUAUUGCAGCUAACAUUGCAGGGGAGUGACGAAUCGACGGAAAAUUACGGAAACAGGGAAUCUAGUACAUGUCGCCAAGAUGCACUUAGUGUGGGUAACUCCCUUGAGGAAGACACCCCAAGCAAGGGGCACAACACCAUUAGAAACUACUUCAUAAAAGAAUUACUAAAAAGCACAAAAAAGUACAAUACUAAGAAGAGCCCAAAUGGAAGCAACAUUGUAGAUUUGGCCCCCCCCAGUGACAUCAUCCUUUUUAUGAAAAGCCAAUUAGAAGAUUUGUUCCUAUCGGCCAUGUUUUAUCUAAUCGAUAGGACAUGCUCUGAUGUGAAAGCGUUCAUGAAGGAGGACAAACUGUCUCUUCAUGUAGUAACCUCAGCGCAAAACAUUACCCAUUUUAGUAGCAACUAUGAGAUAUACGCACAGAUGGACAAAGAUUUAGUAUACCUCUUUUACAAGGCACUAGAGCAAAUUUUUGCCCACAUAGACAUAGACUUGAUAGAAAAUCUGGUGCAUGAAAAACACGCCCAUAAAAUGUACAAGCGCUAUUUUUUAAAGGAGGACCGAGUAGAGUAUCCAAACGGAGGGUAUCCAGCGGAUGGGGAAGAAGAACCAAACGCACCAGCCAACGAAGAUACAAUACAUGACAAAUUAAUUUUGUACUUUCUGUACUUCUGGAAUUUGAUCAUUCAAAAUGGACUGUUCAAUAAAAACCCAUAUGUGCAAAUCAUAUCGUUGAAGAUGAUGCUAAAUUAUAUAAGUAACAAAAUGGCACGUCCGUUUUUUCCUCUCCUACUGGUCAAGUUGUUUUCUUCUGAUAAAUUUAUUAUCAACCUGAUUUUAAAAAAAGUUCUGUCACUUCUUUUAAAUUCAUACUUUCUCGAACAUUUCUAUAUAUACCAUAGAAAAAUUAGUGUUUUCCUCUCCAAGAUUUGCGUGCUGUUGGUUAACUUCCCGUGGAUUACCAACGGGUUUGAUGAUCAAAGCGAUAGCAAAGGAGUGGCGUAUGAGAGGUACUAUGCGGAAAAUCACGGCGAAGUGAAAGGGUGCGGUGAUUCAUCUUGUGGUAAAAACUCAGAGCAUUCACAUGUCACCGGUGCUCUAAAUGGCCCUGCCCAGGAGACUUCCACAAAAGAAAGCCAAAUGGACAACCAUUUUAGCGGCGCAAGUGAUGUCGAAGGAGACGAAGAAUUCCAAAAAGUGAACAUAAUUUUGGAGAAAGAUCAGAAUGAGCAAGAUAAAAAUACUUCUUACGAUCGAGUGGGAACCUUAAUGAUGCCAAAUUUGAAAAUAACCAAGGAAAUGCUGUCCUACAGCAAAUUUUUCCUUGUCAUCGUUACCCUCUCACGUGCCAUAAACAUCCAUUUGAUAAACAAGAAAAAAUCUUUUGUGAGAAUUCUAACAAUUUUAAAUACGUAUAAAAAUAUAAUUCAAGAUUUCCCCCAAGAUCUAUGGACCCUCGAGAAUGAGAUAAUUAACAUCGUCCUCCCCUCCUUAUACAAAGUAGCUUCCAUAUUUAAAAAGAAAUACUUUGUCGAGGAUGAAAACAUUUUCGAAGAAGUGAACACGUACAAUAAGCUCCUUUACCUAUCGAGCUAUGCGUGGUACAUUAUUUCUCUUCUGGAGGAAAAACUUCAAAACGAUAGGGGCACUUUUAAUAAGGCCUUUAUUCAAGCGAGACAGAGGAUCAACCGAAUUAGGUUUAUCAAAAAAAAAAAGAAGAAUUUGUUAGCCUUGAAAAAUCCCAAGCUGUUUACCCUAAAUAAGUUAAAAAGGAGGGAGAAAAAAAAAAUGGAAAAGAAGAAAAUGAAAAUGAACUUUUAG